CGACUGGGCUGAGAGGAGGCACCCGGUUGCCUUCUUAGCUCCGAACUCGUUAAACGCCGACGUAUUGACGUUUCGCGUGCGUAUCUCGCUCGCACAGCAGCAUAUCUCAGCGAACGCUCGGCGUGCGGACGCGUCGCUGUGUUCUUUCUUGGUGUUAAGUGAGAAUAGCGAAAGGCCGAUCGAUCGAGAAAGAGGACUGACGAGAGGUCCGAGGCGUUCGAGCGCAUCUGUGCAGUUCAGAAACAGGUUGUCGCGAACACUCGAGAACGAGCUCGCUCACGGAAAUUCGCUCGCAAUGAAGUUUCCGUGCGAUAUCUUGGUGUUUAAAACGAACAGUGACAGUGCAUUGGAGUGAAAGAGAGAAAUUACAUUUACACAUCGCGAUUGUUCGCCAGCUGACGUUUGACGGAAGUUUUAAAAAAACUCGAGAAAAAAUGUUUCACCAAUAGAAACAAGAGACGCACGCAAGAGCCAAUGAUGUGACAGAUGUGUUAAUCUAAGCGCGAUGACGGAGAAUCCGAGCGCGUCAAAAAAACGGAUCAUCGAUAGCAACAGUGUGACAAGUUUGGUGAUCGUGUUCGAAAUAAAAGGCUCGGACAUGUUAGGUCAGUGAUCGAGACUCGAUACGACUGUGUGGCGAGCUGGCAAAACAAUUUUGAAACGUAGAAGUGAGAUUUUUCCUCAAAAGAAUGCACAGUAUUUAAAGAGUUGAUUCAGUCGCGACCUCGACUGGCUGCCAAGAGUCACCAGACGAGUGUCCUGAGUAAUUUUGCAUUUUAGAUUAUCUCUUUUUCCUUCCCGUCCACGAUAUGUGCACCACGGAGAUGACAGAGUCAUACUCGAUGUCGCCGUCGACGACAGUAUCUUCCAGCGCCGCGACGCCCGGUUGCAUGAGCAGCUCGCCGGCGCACCGACGGACGUCGUGCAGAAGCUCGCCGGGUCGGGGAGACGUUCAGGAUGACGAGGACGAAAUCUCCGUGGGUUGUCCCAGUCCGUUACCUCUGGUGGUUGUUACGCCCAACACGGAGGACGAGUCCAGGGAGGAUUACACCGAUCGUCUGAGUCCUAGGAGAACUUAUCAACGGGACUCGAUGACGGAGGAUGAGGAAAGAGACUAUUCCCGCAACGGAGACUACAGAAUGAAUGGUAGAGUCAGCAAGAGGACUCGCGAUAGCGGUGAUUCGGUUACGACGUUCAGAGACGACGAAGACGACGAUGAGGAAGAGGAGGAGGUAAACAGCAGGACCAGUAGCAACGGAGCAACAAACGCUGCCACCACUGACGAUUAUUUCAAACCGCUCAAGCGUCUGAAAAUGGUGCAGAUGCAGCACUCGGAUGAAGAGGACGAAAGGGAGCGAGAGUCAAACGAACGCGGAGUCACGUCCUUCAGCAUUCUCGAUAUCCUGUCACACCGGCCGAAGGCGAAGAUAGUCCGUCCGUGGGACACAGUGGACUCCAGUCUAAGCCACCAGCACCGUCAUCACCUGCAGCAGCAGCAACAGCAUCAUCAACAUCAUCAGCAUCCUUUGCACCAUCUUCAUCACCAUAGUAGUCACCCGGCUCACGCAACCGGGCCGCGGGAUCUCUCGCUGAUGGGUAUGUCACUCGCGUCCAUGUCCGGCUCAAUCAGCGAACCGCCCCUCAGUAGCUCCUCGUCGUCCGGAAGGAGUUCCGUGUCAGAUUCCGGUAGCCCGGAUCCGCUUACCCAUCAUCAUCAUCAUCAUCAUCAUCACACGGCGCUCCAUCAUCACGCGGGCAUUCAUUCCGGCUUGCAUCAUCCGGCGCUGCAGCAGUCGCAACAACAGCAGCAGCAGUUCAAGAGAAAAACGCCGCAGCAGCACGGUUCACACACGGGCCAGAACGGCAAGAGGACCACCGGACAGGGCAGUCCCUUGGACGCUUUAUUCCAGAUGACCAGCAAGACGUUCGACGCGGGCGAGCAUAGUCAGGAGCAAGCCAAUCACUUGAACCUGUUCAACAAUCGCCAACAGCCGAAGAAGAAGCGCAAGAGCCGGACCGCGUUCACGAAUCAGCAGAUCUUCGAGCUGGAGAAGCGGUUCUUGUACCAAAAGUACUUGAGCCCGGCCGACAGGGACGAGAUCGCCGCUCAGUUGGGUCUGAGCAACGCCCAAGUGAUCACAUGGUUUCAAAACAGAAGAGCGAAGCUCAAGAGGGACAUGGAGGAGCUUAAGAAGGACGUGCAGACUGUUAAUCCACUUCUGGUCGCGCAACAUCACAAGACUUUUCUGGAGAACGUGCAAGACCUGGGAAUCCUGAAGAAACGACCGUUGCCAAACAACAUGGAUGAGAAAUCGUAGAAACGUUCGACGAUUGCCCUUUCGAUUGACUUUCUCUGUGCAAUCAAGACUCGGGACGGAGGGAAUGGGAAUAUACACUUGCUCGCGCAACGAUACUAGAACGAGUAUCGGGCUGCUCUCAAUCCCGACGAAGUGAACUGAAAUGCUCACGACGACGUCGGUAUAAAGAAAUGACAUACACAUACACACACAUACACACACACACACACACUCUACUUGGAAGCCAUGCACAAGAAUGUUUCUUACACCGCGAGUAUAUUUAACAUUCUCUAACUAAUGUUCUACUACCCCAUCUCUUAAAAUCUGUAAAAUCUAACUUCACGCUAAACAAAACAACCUUAGUGGGAAAAUUUCCAGUCUUUUCUAAAAGUCUGUAAAAUUAUUUACUAUAUAUAUAUAUAUAUAUAUAUAUACAUAUACAUACAUGUGUGUAUAUAUAUGCUAGUUCGAUUCCCUCGACAGACACAAACGCUUCCUACGAGAAGAGAAGCGCGUUUUUAUUCAAUUCCAUCAAAAAUCAUGAAAUAUUGAUUUGAGAAAAAAAAAAAAAUAACAAAACGUUUUCUCGGAGAGACGUUUCUUCGUUUGUGCUUGUCGGAACUAAAGGUGACAUUUUUGUGUCGUAAUUCAGCGGCUUUAAGUGGAAAGAAAUAUUUGUAAUCUCUGCUGCAACUACUCUUCUGUAUACGCGCGGAGCGCGGCGAUGUAUCAUAAUGUGUAUUUAUUAUAUAAAGUCGGGAAAAAAAAGAAUUUAUUUACGAGAGAAAACGGGUCGCGUACAGAGAGAGAGAGAGAGAGAGAGAGAGAGAGAGAGAGAGAAAGAGUGGGUGAGUGAGAGAGAAAAAGAAAGGGGGUCGGGUUGAAAGAUAAGUCGGUUAAAUAAGUUAUUAUUCAGCGCGCGCGAAUAUAUUAUUCCGGUUAAAUUAUAAAAAAAAAAAAUAAAAAAACCACACGUUUUGUGUGGCGCC